UAAUUAGAUUGGUAGCCCUAUUUAUUUAGUAAAUUUCCGUUAGGUGUUAUAUAGACACGUUUUAAUUGCGAAAGUGCGGUUAUGGAGACACGUCAACGUUAACAACAGAAUCAAAUAUAACCUAACUUUUUUCUUACUGUUUCCAGGUUGUAAUAUGUGCAAACAAUCUAUUUUCUGAAUAUAUUAAUAUCAAAAUGAGUUAAACAAGAAUAAAUGUGUAUUUUGAAUUUGUUAAUAAUUGUAUUAGUGUAACUCUUUAAAAAAAAAAUGGUGAUGGAAUCAAAAACGACGAGUAAGACUAGCAUUUUAAAAGCACUUCUUUUGAGAGCUUGGCGUGAACGUUGGAGUGAUGUUCAGUGGGGUAUCUACAUUAAAACUGUAUUACCAAGGGGUGUUAGUGGCGACGUGUACAACUUAGCCGACUGUAUUCUACAACAGGCUCUUGUUGGUGCAGGGGCAAAUCAACUAGUAUUAAGUUAUUUAAAACAUUCCUUGAGUGCACAGUUAGUUUCGCAUGCGGCGGUUUUACAAAGAUUGAGCAAAUAUUCACAAUAUCAUAAGGUGCACUGUGUCUACAGCCUGCUGGAGUUUUUAGAGGGCAUGUUACCAGCCAUAACUUGUUAUGGAAAACCGGAAGAGACUGUUUUAGCCACUGCUUUGCUAUCUACAGCCUUGUGGUUAUUACAAGUUAUAAUACAUUGUCAUUGUAAAAUUCAAAUAUUGGAGAAGGCCACUUUGCUGCUUCAGAAUUUACUCUCAUCUGAUUUUUGUGUGGCAAUGAUGUGCUUGGCAAGGUAUAGUGAUACAGAAUUGUUCUCUGAAAUUACUAAAAAAUGCAUUGAAAUUGAGAAUUCUCCAAAUGACAAAGAAAUAGCCAUUAAAUCGGUUUGUGUCGUGCAUGGUUUGGAUGUUAAUUCAUUAAAAAUAGUUGUCCCUACUGAAGAAACACCGAGUAGCUUAGUUCAGUCGUGGCUAUUGGUGGAAUUAGUACAGCAUCCUGACAGCUCCACCUCAUCUUUAGUACGACAGUUACAUUUACUGCAACAUCUGAAGAACUUAUCUAAUGCAAAACUUUAUUUUGAAUUAAUAAGAGCAAGCCUCCUGUGUCUACAAGAUCUCAGUCAGACACCUUAUGAAACCCAAUGGGGUGCUUUUGCAUUCUUAAAGGUGCCACAUAUAUUGGCCACAUUAAACACUAAAUCCGAGAGUGCAGAAACUGUUGAAAAGGCUGUAGAAUUACUCUUACAAAAUUCUCCAUUACUGGAUGCGAUGGAUACAAGAAGCUCAUGUUCAAGCUUAGACUGUUUGUUGGGAGAGUUAGUUAAAUUGAGACUCUUAACUGAUGUUCAGGUUCAGUGUCUAUCUGCGCGACGAGUAACUCCGCCCCAAUUAAAAACCGAUGAGGCUCCAGCUACCGCGGGAAUUUCCAAAGUUGUAAUUCGUGCCGAACCUACAUUUACUGGUAUUUUAAAAACAAUGACAGCUGAUUAUCAUAAAAUUCAGGAAGCUCUACUGGGAAUGCUCUACCAAGUGCUCACAGGUAAAAGUUUAGAGUUGAUCCUUGCAGUCGCGACCGUCCAAGGUCACUUACGGACAUUUGCAGCACGUUUAAAUCGAUUCAACGAGUGCUCAAAAAUUGGAGCCGAUAAAUCUCGCGCUCAGCUAUUCGACAUAAGUUUCUUGAUACUCGUUGCCAUUGUGCAACAGUACGGAGUAGAGACAGCCUUUGAAGCAGGCAACGACGACUCUUUUGUCGAGCAAUGGGUUCGGGAAUGCAUGGUGGAACCCAACAGACCGAAGGCUUCCGAUCAACUUCUUAAACUGUGCGAUGCCACCACUGUAGAUCUCCUUUUGCAGCAGUUUAACGCUGGUGAAUCGGACUUUAAAGGAAACUCCGUUAAAUGGCAUGAUAUAGUUUUUAACAUUCCAGGGGUUAUGCGAGAAGUCCUUGUGGCCUGGGAACAAGGAGCUUUGUUGCCAGCAGACGUUAAAAGAAUCUUGGAUGCAGUCAGAGGCCGUAUGUGUUGUCUACCGGUGGCAGCGGCUGCUUGGCUAUGUGCUUAUAUGAAAACAGCACCCCAAGACACUCUUUUGAAACCUGUUAAUAUGGUACAACAACUGUUGGCUCCCCCUCCACUUCCUGAAGAAGAUAAUCAUCGAGAAAGGUGGUUACUUUCCUGUGAAAUAAUUCGUCGGAUGCAGAGGGACAUCCAGCUCCCGCUACAAUCCAAAAUUUCUGGGAACAUCUCUUUUCGACAGCCUGCCGCAGAACAGUUUCAUAAUCUCUGGAUGAAAGCGGUCAAGCGGGGUUGGUUAGACCAUAGUUCUGCCAAGACCGUUCAGGGACUUCUUGAAACCGCUGGCCCUAGGUGGCUUGUUUAUUCUGUCGUUCACGAACUCACUCAACUUCGAUACAGAAACCAACUGAGUCGAGGGGUGGACAUAGCUCUUGCGCUGUUCCACUUCGACAUAUACAAGUGCUGCCUCGAACUUUUAUGUUACGUAUUACCGCAGCAUCUUAUCAACAGUAAACAAGCGGACGAAAUAGUCGACCCCCAGUUGUCAGCCGUCGCCAAACUCACGAGCUAUUGCCUUUAUGCCACGUGCGAAUUGAUUACCGCAAAGAAUGACAGGGAUAUCGAAUCAGGACCGCCCUCGCAGAAGAUCUCGCGUUUAUCAGAAACAUGCUACGAUGCAAAAUCGAAUCCUUCGAUAGACGUCCUGUUACCUUUCUUACGCCAGAUGCUUAUUGCCCUCGAAACGACUCUCCAAGAGGGUCAUGUUACCCAACAAAUAUAUUUUGCGCUUCAUCUAUUAAAGUAUUUAGUUGAAACGUACUCACCCAUCACCACAAUAAUCCUGAGCGCAGUUCCUCCGUCUCUGGUGUCCGGUCUGUUGAAAAUUUUACCCGAACAUUUCGGGUCUGCUUUUCUUUUACAUCUGUACGACAUUCACACGACAUCGGGGCGAAGUAACAUGGCGAAAGACUUGUGUUUGUUGCGGAACUAUCAAUUGAAGAAUCUUGGUGGUAGCGGUAGAUAAAACAACAAACUCUUGUAUAUAUAGUACACUUUUGGAAUUUCAUUUUCUUGUUUCUAUUUUUUCGUAACUAUCUAUCGCCGGUUUCCUUUAAAGAAACAAAUAAAUUUCGAAUAAAUAAAGCAACAGUAA